AUGCAUUCUGCCAAAUUCACAAAACCCUCUAUGAAAAAGAAGGAAGUUUGGAAGAUAAUUUGUUCUGAAAUGCACAACAGGGGUUUCUCUUUCACAGUGAAUCAAUGUGAACAGAAAUGGAAAAAUCUUACAAAAGCAUAUAGAGAUUGUGUUGAUCACAACUCAAAAUCUGGCAAUGAACGGAAAGAAUGUCCAUUUUAUAAAGAACUAGAAGACUGUUAUGGGUAUAAACCGAAUGUUAAACCUGUAUUCGCUCUAGGAACACGCAAGGAGGAUGAAACCGAUAACGAAGAAUCAAAGGCAGAGUCAACUUCAAGUGACUGUGAUGUGAUCCCCAAAAGAAAGAAGAGUAAGCAGGCAAGUGAAAUAGUAGAAAUCUUGGAUGACAUGAGAAAAGAACACAAGGAGAUGAUGAAGACACUGAAGGAACAACAUCAGAAGAAAAUGGAAAAUGAAGAUAAAAAACUUGAAAUAAUGGCUCAGUUGGUUGAAGCCAUGAAAAAAUAG